UGCAGGAAGUUUAAAUGCAGCUUCCGGUAGCUCUUAGUGCAUUUAGAUCGCUACACACAUCACAUGUAGUUAUUGUUGUAUGUAAAAAGCUUUUUCCGUCUCAGCACUCAGUACAGUGGUUUCAUGUCUUAGUGUUACAGAAUAUCACUGACCAUGAACAAGAUGAAGAAGAAGCUGCCUGAGCGGAUCCUGAAUCACAUCCUGGAGAUUCUCUACCUGCUGACGGGAGAGCGUGUGACUAACUCACUGACAGCGAGUCACAUGACUGGGGACAAGACGACAACAGAGAGGAUACUGACCCACACCCUGCAGAUCAUGUACCUGCUGACAGGAGAGGUGCCUAUAAAGUGUGAUGAUGUUGCUGUGUAUUUCUCUAUGGAGGAGUGGGAGUAUAUAGAGGGACACAAGGAGCUUUACAAGGACGUCAUGAUGGAGACUCACCAAGCAGUAAGGACUAUGGAGAUCCCAGGAAACAAGAGCUCAGAACUAACAGGUCACAGUGAUAAACAUCUAGACACAGGAGCAUAUGCAGUACAGAAUAUUCAGCCAUCAGAUAUCUCUGCAGGUCUUUCAGCUGAACCAGUGGACACUUACUUCAGGAUGGCUACUAGAAGCAGAAGAAUGCCUAAGAAGUAUCUGGAUGGCGAGAAUUUGUGGACGGGCAGCGCAGUGCGAGAGGAGAAGAAGGUCAAGAAGAGAAAAAGGAACACUGUAGGAGUUAGAGGCAUGGAGUCACAGGGGACUGUCUUUCCUGAAAGGCUAGGGAGUGCUGUGCAGGCUGUCACAGAGGCUGGAAAGGAGGUUUCAUUUGGAAUCACGGCUGGGGAAGGGCGGAGGGAGCAGCCAACUAAGGAGCAACGAGAUCAAGGAACAGAGAGCCAGCAGGAGCAACCCGGUCCGAGCAAAGUGAGGCCUAGGGAGGAACUUUCAAUUCGUGGAGCGGGGGUACAUAAGAAAGGUGAAUUCACAAACUGCAAUAAUCCUCGUCAUAAUCAGAGUGCAGAUGCUUCUUUACAUCUUCUUCAAAAUCAAAGAAGCCACAUGGGAAAUUGAUUGCCCCUCCCUCCUCACACUUUGGUCCUUGUGCAGAUCUAUUCCACUCCAAACAAUAUUCUAUUCAUUGAGUGUUUUGAAACUUCGUAUGGGUUGAUUCUGUGAACAUAGAUUUGUAGGGGAGCAAUGUUAAUAAAGGAAAGUCAAGUCAAAAUUAAACUUUCAAGACUCAGAAUGAACAUUCGAUUUUCUAUUUGACAUCACUUAUCUAAUUUGCUUUGUUCUCUUGGUAUCCAUUGUUGAAAAGCCUGCAUAAGUAGGCUCACUAAGAUGCAAUGCACUACUGUGAACUAGCUGCUUGUCACUGUCUCACCCAGAUAGGCCCCAGUAGGUCAUUGCUCUCCUUCAACAAAGGAUUCCAAGAGAAUGAAGCAAAUAUGAUUAUAUAAGUAAAUCUAAAAAUGUUAUGUUCUAUCUCAAACCCAAAUGUUCUCUUUCAUGAUUAUGUCCCUUUAAAGUCUAUUUAUCAACUCUGUAUGUUUAUUUUAUAAUAUUGCUAUGAAGAGGGGCAUGUUAUUUCUGCAGACACAAAUUCAGUUUUGAGAACUACAAAACCAAUAAUAAGUGAUAAUAUCUUCAAGAUUGAAAAAUUGUCCAAAAUAAUCUGACAGAAACCUCUGUGAAUGGAUUCAUAGAAUUAAUUACGAAAAAAAAAUGCAGCCAUGAAUAUACAGCAUGUUGCUAUCUAAUUAAAAACAAAUUGAUAUUUCAGGAUGAAUAAACUUUGGAUUGUAAUGUAUCUUAAAUAGCAACUAUCUUUAGAUUGAUGUUUCCUCAAAAUGCAUUUUAUUAUUUUUUUUAAAAUCCUAUUUAAAUUAAAAAAACAACUGAUUUAAAUUUUAAAAAA